CCAAUCAGAGAUUAAUUAUGCAUUUAGAUCAAACUUCAUAUACCGAUGAGUAUAUAUAAUUCAAACACAUCCAUUGAGUGAUGCAACAAUCAAAGGUAGAUAAGAUUGAAUUCAAGAUGAUGAUGAAGUUUUUUUCAAGCUCAACCUCCCCAUUCAUCACCUUUUCAUCACUAAUCACCAUGAUCAUCUGUUGUGCAAUAAUCACGCCGCCGCAUCUACAGACUGUCAGCGCCGCCGGCUUCUUCGCUAAAAAGGUUGUUUGGAUUUAUGACCGGAUCCCGAACAAUAACACUAUCCAGCCUCAGACACCACUGUUGGUGCAUUGCAAAUCGAAAUCCGACGAUCUGGGGACGUGGACGAUGGCGGAGGGUUCGUAUCAUAGAAUCAGCUUCCGGGUCAACUGGAUUGGGACGACUCUGUUCUGGUGCCAUUUCGUAUGGGGUUCCAAGUACCAAGAUUUCACCGUUUACGACGCCGAUCACGAUGCUUACCCGUUCGAUGUGGACAUUAAUUGGUAUGUCAAGGACAACGGAUUUUUCCGAAGCGGGGGUGGUAACCCCAACAAUCUUACGUACGUCACUUCGUGGAUUGAUCAACCUUAGUUUAAAGAAUGAAUCCGUAGUAAUAAUAAGAAGCAGGCCGGGUAUAAGUAAUAUACGUACUGAUAUACUAGUAUUCUGACCCGUGCCAUGCACGGAGUCGAACGAAAUUUAUGUCGAUUCUGAAUUAUUUCAAUGAAAUUUAUUUUUCGGGAAAAAGAAAAUAUAUUACUCACAUGAUUUUUAAUACUCCCUCCGUCCCAAAAAGUCUUUCCUGUUUCAUUUUUUGCGCAUCCCAUAAAACACUUCUAUUCCGCCUUGAAUGCCAAAAAAACUUUCAAAAUAACUUCUACCCACAAUAAAGAAGAAAUGUUGUAAAUUUUAGGCAUUUUAGAUGUCGGUAGAAGUGUUUUAUGGGAUGCGCAAAAAAUGAAACAGGAAAGACUUUUUGGGACGGAGGGAGUACUAUAGAUGAAAAAUACAAAAUUAAAAUAAAUAAUAUUUGAGGAACUGA